AUGUCAUCCUCACCCCAAACCUCAUCACCAAAUGCAAAUCCAACAACACCAGAAUCUUUAACACCAUAUCCGAUCCCCCCAAACGUCCUCAGAGCAAUCCAAAAAGUACACAGUUUAGGCAACAAAGUCAUCGUCAUGACGUGUGGCAUUACAGGAUCCGGAAAAUCUACAAUGGCUCAAAAUCUACAAUCUCAACACAAAUACUCAAGACUCAGCAUCGACUCCCUCAUCCACGCUCACCACGGCGUCCACGGCAUUGACUACAACUCCUCGCAACUCCCCUCCUUGCAAGAUGAGGCGGAAACUCUCCUGAAAUCACAACUCACCACUUUACUAAGCCAAGCUGAGAAAGAUAUAGUCCUGGAUCUAAGUCUGUAUUCUAAAUCAGAUAGGGAGUAUUAUCGGGAGGUAGUGCAGAGGGAGGGUGCGCGAAUGUAG